AUGGACUUUUCAUUCAUUCAAUCACCGCUAUGGAGGUCAGCUCCAAUGCAAAAGGUGCAGUUGUUUGUCCAAAUCGAAGCAGCACACGACACAAUCGACGAGCUCGGAAAGAUUGGUCUCAUUCAGUUCCAGGAUCACAAUGCCAACGUCAACAUCUUCCAGAGAUACUUUGUCAAUGAGGUCAAGCGCUGCGAGGAUAUGGAGCGUAGACUCAAGUUCUUUGAAGAGCAGAUCAAGAAGGACAAGCGUUUGAACCGCAUGCUGAACGAAUCUCUCGAGAAGAGUCUCACCAAUGGCUUUGAGAUGCAACUCGAGGAGAUGGAGACAAACUUUGACGAGCUAGAGAUGCGCAUUGGUGAGCUGGAGGACGAGCUCAAGCAGGUCAACACCAAUCAAGAGACACUACAGAGGAACUACAACGAGUUGGUAGAGUUCCGUCACGUCCUGACAAAGGACGCCAUCUUCUUCCAGGAGAAUCACAAUCUGGGCGACCCACAGCGUGAUCACACUGCCACCAGUCCACUGCUGAGAGAGGACGUCAUCUCGGAUGCCACCACCAGCAAGAUUGGUGUCAAGUUGGGCUUUGUCACUGGUGUGAUGAACACUGACAAGAUUACACAGUUCCAACGUUCACUAUGGAGAGUCACCAGAGGUAACAACUUUGUUCGUGAUGCUCUUAUCGAGGAUGAAAUCAUUGAUCCACAAUCUGGAGAGGAUACAUCAAAGACAGUGUUCAUUGUAUUCUUCCAAGGAGAGAGAUUGGAACAAAAGAUCAAGAAGGUCUGUGAGUCAUUCGGUGCCAAUCUCUAUGAUUGCCCAGAUACUUCAUUCGAGCGUGCCAACUUGUUGCAAAAGGUGUCCACUCGUAUCACCGAUCUGACCGAGGUGUUGGAUCGCUCCAAGGAUCACAAGAAGCAGGUGCUGCUCAACAUUGUCACCAAGAUUGUCAGAUGGAGAACAAAGGUCAUCAAGGAGAAGGCCAUCUACCACACCAUGAACCUCUUUGACUAUGAUGUGGGAAGGAAGUGUCUCAUUGGUCAAGGCUGGACUCCAAAGACUGCCAUCGAUGAGAUCCAGGUGGCUUUGCGAACUGCCACCACAAGGUCAGGCGCAUUGGUUCCCUCUGUGCUCUCGAUCAUUGCCUCACAUGAUGAGCCACCUUCACACUUUGAGACCAACAAGUUCACCAGCUCCUUCCAACAGAUCGUCAAUGCCUACGGUGUUGCCAAGUACCGUGAGGUCAACCCCGCUGUCAUGACCAUCAUCACCUUCCCAUUCCUCUUUGGAAUCAUGUUUGGUGACGUUGGUCACGGCAUAAUGAUGCUUGCCGUCUCUGGAGCACUGAUUGGACUGGAGAAGAAGUUCGCCGGCAAGAAGUUGAACGAGCUCAUCCAGAUGCCAUACGACGGUCGUUAUGUCCUCUUCCUCAUGUCUCUCUUCUCCAUUUACUGUGGAUUCAUCUACAACGAGUGCUUCGCCAUCCCCAUGAACAUCUUUGGCUCUGGUUGGGUUCGUGAUCCCAACAGCACUUACAUGGCCUUUACCGGACAAACCUAUCCAUUCGGAGUUGAUCCAGCAUGGAAGGGUGCACCCAACGAGCUGGACUACUACAACUCCUUCAAGAUGAAGCUGUCUGUCAUCUUUGGAGUCUCCCAAAUGUCACUUGGAAUCAUCUUCUCACUGUUGAACUAUCUCAACAUGAAGGGCAAGAUGAAGUGGGUCAACAUCUUGACUCAAUUCAUUCCACAAGUGAUCUUCCUGUGGUCUGUCUUUGGAUACAUGUGCUUCCUCAUCUUGAUCAAAUGGGGCUACAACUAUGGUCCUCAGAUGCCACCCAUUCUCCCAACCAUCAUCAACAUGUUCCUGUCACCAGGCUCAUCGAUCCCCGAGAAAGAUUUGUACUUUAGCGCACAACCAGUUGUGCAACCGAUCCUCGUCGUGUUGGCACUCAUCUCUGUGCCAGUGAUGCUCAUCCCCAAGCCACUCAUCAUGAAGAAGAUGCACGAGGAAGAGGUUGCCGCCAAGGCCGCUGGACAUCACCACGAGGAGGAGUAUGACGACGAAGCCCUCGACGCCGGUGGUCACCACGGUGACGUGUUCGAGUUUGGUGAGGUGUUUGUCCAUCAAGUGAUCCACACAAUCGAGUUUGUCCUUGGAGCCAUCUCCAACACUGCCUCAUACCUCCGACUGUGGGCUCUCUCGCUUGCUCACUCUGAGCUGUCCACCGUGUUCUGGGAGCGUAUCCUCAUUCAACAAAUUGAGGGAGGCAACGCAUUCAUGGCAUUCAUUGGCUUUGGUGGAUGGUUGGGUGGCACGAUUGCAGUGCUCCUGAUGAUGGAGUCGCUCUCUGCCUUCCUCCACGCACUCCGUCUCCAUUGGGUGGAGUUCCAGAACAAGUUCUAUCUUGGUACUGGUGUGCUCUUCACACCAUUCUCCUACACUAGAGUUCUCUCUGGUGAGGACGACGAU